AUGUUGGGAGGUAUUCACUCGUUGGCUCUGUUGAGUCUUGGCCAUGCCGUUGCUUUAGCGCACAUUCCUGUUGACCGCGGCCAUGUUGUCCACGCCGAAUCCACAGAGACCGUUACAGAAACAGUGACAGUUCGCAUCGGCUCUUGCACCCCUACCUAUGCUACGACCACGGUCACAGUCUAUGGCGGUUGCUCUUCAUCCCGUGCUGCUCCCACUACGACUUCCUGCACACUUGGACACACGGUCUCCAACCUUCCAGGAAGCUCCUCGCUAUCCUCAUCUGCAUGGUUCAACCACACUUCAGCACCCCUUUCCACCACCGGCAUCGUUGGCCCGACCGGUGGGACAGCCCCGACAGGAGGCACAACCUUGCUUCCAUCAUACGCAAACUCGACCUAUGUCUGGAGUAGCCGCACCAGUCUUCCUAGCAGUGGUACUGCUCCCUGGGGUACUGCUCCCUGGGGCACUGGACCCAGCGACUCACUUGCGUCUGCUACACCAACAGGUCGCUGGAAUACCACUGCUCCUGUGGUGCCAACUGGAGUCAGCACAGCACCUAUGGAAACAUUCCCUUCCAUCACGGAUGACCUGACGUCGACUGUUGCUGCCAGUGUCUCCUCGGUUCCCACUGGUUCCAGCACAGAAGGCGUCGAUCCAGUUGGGACCACUUCUUCUGUGGCCACCGAGCUGCCGGUGACCUCUGAAGUCGACUCGACUAGCUUUGUGACUUUGACCUUGACGUCGUCCGUCUUCGCCACAGUCACGGCGCCCUCCACUUCUCGCUGGAUUCCUUGGCCAACAGGCACUGGUGGUACUGGAUAUCCCUUCCCUCACCCGAGCGGGACUGGUAUCUGGAGCAACCAUACCUCUGGCGCCCCGUACUCGUACCAGCCGAGCGUGACGUAUCAGACGACAUCGUCAGUUCGAACAGGUUCAUACACCGACACUUACGAGCCAACAUACAUAUCCUCAACCACAGUCAGCGAGGUGAUUGUCACCCCUAUUUCGUCAUCUCGCGGCUUCACGGCUCCCACGUCGUGGAGCGUGAGCACCCUUCCCAGCUCUUCUGGUGCCGAAACAAGCACCUAUGAUCCAAUCUCCGAGACCGAGCCGGGCAGUCCUUCGACAUCGAUUACUGGUCUACCCAACUCCUCGUUGCCCACAGUUCCCCCCUCAUCUGAAGGCUCUGUAGCUACGACCGGAACCAACGACCCUGUGCUGUCCUCCUCUUCUGCUCUCCCCACCGACAACACGUCGAUCAAUGGCUCUACUAUACCGACUACGAGAACAUAUAUCGAGCCAACAUCGUCGGAGCCGACCAUCUUUACAACAGGCACCGCUGACCCUAUCCUCUCUUUCACUUCCACCCUCACUUCCGGUGCCACAUCUCGGCCUGUUUUCGUCAACACUACAACGACCAGAGCCGAGACUGCCAUUCCCACUUCGAGCACCACCAGCAGGCCUGUUUACGGCAGCUACACCUUCUCUUUCCCUUCUAGCUUGAACCGCUCUUCCACUGUCUUGUCUGGCACGGCCAGUGUCGACCCUACUUACACCACUGGAAGCGUUGAUCCCACUGGAGUAACUUCGUCUUCAUACACCACCACUUCAGCCUCUUUGUCGGAGACUGUGAUUGUUGACCCAACAGCCUCGUACACCACCUCCUUCCCCUUAAGUGAGACUGCAAGCGUCGACCCCACUGGAGCCUCUACCUCCUCUUACGCCACCUCUUCAUCUCCCUUGUCCGAAACAGCAGUUGUCGACCCAACAGCUUCUUACACUUACACCUCCACCACCUCGGCAUCGGUCAUCGACCCCACAGAGUCCUACACCUCCUCAGCCCCCAUCUCAGAAACGGGAUCCGUCGACCCAGUCUCCACAACUUCCACUUCCAGCAUUCCCUUCUCAGAAACUGGCACAACCGAGCCCACACUUCUCCCAUCUACGUCAUCCCAUCAAUACUCCAACACAACCACACCCGCUACUGAAACCGCCUCUGUCGACCCAACCGGUGUGACCACAGAGUCCAGUGCCGCCCAACCAACCACCUUCUCGACUCUGACCGCAACCACCACCACUGCUACCUCUGACGAAACAACCAGCACCCCGACUGAGACGCCUGAGCCUGGGUAUGGAUAUGGAGGGGGUUAUGGCUAUGGGUACUGGAAUCGGUAUGGAGCGGCGAGGUGGGGGAGGGUGAAGGCUGCUGUUGAGGGGAAGGGGAAGGGUCAUCCUGGACAUUAGCACAGUCACGGGGGGAGAGAGCAAGCUUGUGAGCAGGUUGAUGGUAGAGUGAGAUUGGGGAGGGAAGUAAUAAGGAGGGAAAAUGGGUAAUCAUUGGGGCGGUAAAGAGAGAGAUUGAGAUUUAGAUUACUAUUCUUUGGAGAUAUUUUACAGAUUGGAAUUUACUUUGUUCUUGUUCUGAUGGUUGAUUAACAGUUGAAGGUUGCGGCUGUUUGUUUUGGCUCAUCAUUGUGGGUUUGUGAUGGGGGGUGGGGGGUGGUGUUUUGUUUGAUCUGUUGUUCUUUCGUCUGAUCUUUUUCUGUGUGUGUGUGUGUGUGUGUGU